AUGCUGUUCGACUGUAUCGAGAAGAACUUGAAGACGUGGUUCGGGUUUUUCGGGUGCUUCGUGUACCGUCACGAGGUGUUCUUCCUGGUGGCACCGCUGUGCGUGAGCGGGCUCCUCGGGGCGGGGUUGAGCCAUGUCCGUACGGACAGUGACAUCGACUCGCUGUUCUCGCCGUACAACGCACCGGCCAGGAAGGAGCGGGCGGCGCUAGGCGGCCUGUUCCCCGUGGAGGAGCCUUGGGAGUACCGUAACCCCGUGCAGCACGGAGAAGGGAACUACGUGCGCGUGCUGCUGACCUCCCCGGGGGAGGGUAACAUUCUGACCGAGCGCUAUCUCCAGUGGGUCCGCUGGAUAGACGACAUCGUCACGAGCCAAGUCGUCACUUUCGGAGGGGUCAACUUCACCUACAGUGACAUCUGUGCCUUCGAAGACGGCGAGUGCGUCGGAGAAGAUUUCCGGCGUCUUCUCCAUGUCUUAGACAUUGGCUCCGGCUCCUUGUCCUACCCCGUGACGAUGUUAGAAGACGGGCAGCGGCUCUUUGUCGGGAACCUGCUCGGCAGGAUCGUCCCCGCCCCGAUCCGGAACCUCCUGACGUCCGUUGCGUCAGCCGGAGCCGUGCAGCUGCUGUACUACCUCAGGACCAACGACAGUCUGCACGAUCACGUCUCAAGACUCUGGGAAGACGAAGUGGAGAAGAAGCUCCUCGGACUCGAAACCCGCGACUUGCAGGUGGCGGUGUCGACGGCUCGGACUUUAGAGCGAGAGUACCUAGAGAACAGUGCGGGGAUCUCGGCCCGGUUCGCCGGUACCGUGCUGCUGGCGGUGUUCGCUGCGGGCGCCCUGUGCUUCACGGCCGACUGCGUGCGGAGCAAGCCCCUGCUCGGGGUGGGCGGCGUGGUCACCGCGUGCUUCUCCGGGCUGGCCUCGGCGGGACUCAUCAGUCUGUGCGGGGGAGCCUUCACCACAACCCUGGUGCCGCUCCCUGUCCUGCUGUUGGGCUCGUCGCUGCACGAUACCUACUCCAUGCUGUCGUCAUGGCGACAGACGAGCGAGCGCGAUGACGUCAAGACCCGGAUGUCGGAGACCUACCAGCGGGCCGUGGUUCCCAUGGUGUUCACUUACGUCAUCCAGGUGGGAUUUUUGUUUUUACAAACAAUAGAUAGCUACAGAGUACCGCAGCUGGCUGUGGUCACAAUUUGUAACUUACUCCUCUUCUUCCCACAGGAUGUCUACUUCACGGAAUUUGGGCCCAGGAUCGCUGUGAUCCUACGCGGCGACCUGCGCUACUGGGACCCUGCGGUUCAGGACGGGCUCGAAAACCUCACCCGGACGUUCGAGAGCAUUCCGCACAUCUCCGCGCCCGACACCGAUGCCUGGUUCCGAGACUACCGCGCCUUCCUAAACACGGUUGGCGGCCGCAAACGUGCGGACAAGCUAAAGUACAUCAAGAGGCUCCGGCAGUUUCUCAACACCACUGCUUUCCGUAGAUACAGACAUGACAUCGUGUUCAAAAACAAUCAGAAGAACAUUCGCGCCAGCAGGAUCUUCCUACAGAGCAAGAAAACAGCAAACUACAAGGAGUUGAUUGAGGUGAUGACCUCGGCACGAAAGGUCGCGAGAGAAAGCGACUUGAACGUGACCGUGUACAACCCGGCGUUCAUGUUCCUGGACCAGUUCGCGCCGAUUCUACCAGAAGCGUUGGAGAACCUUGGGAUCACCGGGUUCUGUUUUCUCGUGUUCGCGAUGUUUACUGUGACGAACUUCCGAAGCAGCAUGUGGGUGGCUAUCCUAACCAUGUCCGUCAUGACCGGUCUGAUCGGAUUUCUCACGGUCCUUGGCACUAACCUUGACCCGGCCACCUUGGGGUACUCCGUGUUUGCUUUGGGCUUCACGAUCCAGGCCACCUCUCCGACCGUGUUCGCGUUCGUGCGCGCGCAGGGCCCCACCAGGACUAAGUGCAUGCAGUCCACCCUGGUGUACUACAGUAUGCCUGUGGUGCAGACAUGUCUAACACUGAUGUUUGCGGUUUUGCCGUUCACCACGGCGCCGUCCUACAUCUUCUACAGCUUGUUCCAGGCGGUUUUCACGCUGUGCGCGCUGGUUUUGCUACACGCUUUGGUCGUCAUGCCUGUGAUCAUGACCGUGGUUGGGCCAUCCAAAGAGGAGGAGAUCACAGACUCAACAGCCAGCACGCCAAAUAAGGAAACGUCGUCCGGACCGUACCAAGUGUCGGCAGUCUGAGGGGUGGAGCUUAUAGACUCAACAGCCAGCACGCCAAAUAAGGAGACGUCGUCCGGACCGUACCAAGUGUCGGCAGUCUGAGGGGUGGAGCUCACGGACUCAGCCGCCAGCACGCCAAAUAAGGAAACGUCGUCCGGACCGUACCAAGUGUCGGCAGUCUGAGGGGUGGAGCUCACGGACUCAGCCGCCAGCACGCCAAAUAAGGAAACGUCGUCCGGACCGUACCAAGUGUCGGCAGUCUGAGGGGUGGAGCUCACGGACUCAGCCGCCAGCACACCAAAUAAGGAGACGUCGUCCGGACCGUACCAAGUGUCGGCGGUCUGAGCGGUGGAGCUUCUGUCUAUUCUAAACUGUCCAGCAUAGUUAGUCAAAUCAAAUUAAAAAGGACCUCUAAUUGAGGGUUGCUAGCUUAACGCUGACCAAAAAUACAUCUUAAGUAAUUAAGGGUUGUCAGCACCGCCCAUUAUCCCCACUCACGGUUUGUGUACAAGCAGAAAAGAACAUCUUGAUGCUAAGAUUCCAAAACUGUAGCUAGAUGUUGUUUUGUCCUUCAAUUGGUGGAUCCCCAAAAUUAACGACUGUGAGAGCUUGGACUGGCCCUAUUUCCAUACACUUUAAGCAAUUAGAUUGACUUAUUAAAACGACUUGAAAUUGCUGGACCUUAACAUGCAUUUUUAAACAAUAAAAUCGAUACUAUUAGAUACUUCUGCUUUUCACUGAAAAGUGGAAAAAUUCUUCCACAUGUGCUAUCUUUAGAGAGGUGCAAGAAGCAUCCCGACCAAACCUUUUAUAAAGCUACAUUUGUAACAUGAUCACCACUAUCUACAAAUCAAAAGGAGUCAUGGAGAUAAAAAAGAAUGAAACAACCUUCAUCUGUUUAUGACUUUUGUAAUAAAAUGACUACUGAACACAAUGCUGACUGUCUGUAUUGUACAUUUAUUCACAACUUUUCUUUAGGCCACACCAAUUUAAUUUCUUGGUUCACGGAUUUUUUCAUAAAAAAUAUGGAGCGAGAGGGCGAAAUAAAAAUAAAGAUAAAAAUUGGAAAAUGGUUGUGGUAAAGGUAACGGCUAAU